AUUGUUUAGCCUUAACAGUUGUUUAAUCAAUUUCAAUUUUAUUGCCAUGGCUUGUUAUCUCUUUCAACAAAAUGGGUUUUCGACAUCAUUUUCAGAUUCACCUCCAACUCAUUAUGCUCUAAAAAUCCGGUCGUUUUCAGUGCUAACCAAAACUUCAGCUGACGAAUAUGAGUCGGAAUUUGAAGCUGGAGGAUACAAAUGGAAACUAGUGCUCUACCCGAAUGGAAACAAGAAGAAAAAUGUGGAAGACCACAUAUCUGUUUACUUGGAAAUGGUUGGAGCUGAUUCACUUCAGACUGGAUAUGAAGUAUAUGUUGAUUUCAGGUUCUUUUUGCUUGAUCAGAAUAAAGGCAUGUUCCUGGUUCUUCAAGAUGCCAAUAAAAAGGAAAAAUGUUUCCAUGCGAUUAUGCAUUCUUCGGGAUUUGAUAAGCUUAUCACUCUUACAUCAUUUACUAAUCCUUCCAAUGGAUAUGUCAUUGAUGAUAAUUGUGUGAUUGGAGCUGAGGUCUUUGUUUGUAAAGAAAGAAGAGCUGGCAAAGGAGAGUCAAUCUCGAAGAUCAAGGAUGCUGUUAAGUGCAAGCAUGUUUGGAAGGUUGAGAACUUUUCAAAGUUAGGUACUGACUGCUGCAAAUCAGAACCAUUCACUGCUGGAGGACGGAAAUGGAAGAUAAGUCUCCAUCCCAAGGGAAAUAACCUUGGAAAGGGUACUCACAUAUCUCUUUACUUGGAAUUGGUUGAUCCUGAAAAACUUGCUGGUUCCAAAGUAUAUGCAGAGUUUUCCCUGCUCAUUGUAGAUCGAAUGUAUGCCAAACAAGAGGGCCAAAAAGCUAACGUCUGGUUCAGUACCUCAAAUUCGGAGUGGGGCUGGCCUAAGGUCAUUUCGCUGGCCACCUUGAAUCAGGCAGGCAAUGGGUUUUUAGUGAAGGAUACUUGCAUAGUGGAGGCAGAGGUUGCUGUCCAUGGAAUUGUAACUGCACUGUAGGCGGCAUGUCGUUUGUUUUGGCUGUUGCUAAAAAGAUGUUACGAUUGAAAGGACUAAAUGCCUUGUCACUGUGCAUGGUGUUGUAAAAGCACUGUCUAGAUGUGGGUGUACCAUAGUUCUAAAAUCCUCGUUCACCAAAUGACUUAUGAUUGAAGGGUAUUUUGUUGUUUUUAAUUAAUUAUGGCUGAAGUUUGUGAUUUUUGCGAAUUGGAAGGCCGGUUUUCUUCUUUAUAAGUAUGUUAUGCAUAAAACAUAUUGAACCA